AUGACAAACAUUGGAAAUUCAGCAGAACCAUAUUCGGCAAUUAGUUUGCGAAGUGUUGGAUUCAAAGGAAAAAUCUUCAUGUUCUCAGACAAACCAAUUUCAUCUAAAUUCGAAGAAUGUGGUAUUUCAUGGAUUCCAACAACAUUAUUUUGUAACAUUGAAUACGAGAAGAUGUACACACGAUAUAUUAUUAUUAAAGAAUUCAUUGAACUAUUUUAUGAAUCUAUUGAUCGUCUUCUUUAUUUUGACUGGGGUGAUACUCAUUUCCAAAGUGAUCCAUUCACAUUUGACGAUAAAUCUCUUCAUGUUAGUGAUGAACGAAUCAAAUUUGGUGAAGAAAAAUUCAAUGAUGUUUGGAUCUCAAGAAUCAAUUUCAUGAAAACAGAAUAUUUUUUAAACAAAAAUAUUAUUUGCAAUGGCUUAAUUCUUGGCGACAAAGAUUCUGUUUAUAAAACAGUUUCUAUUUUGUCUUCUACAUGGAUUUUUCACGAGAAGCCACUGAAUGAUCAAACAAUAUAUAAUGUUUUGAUUUAUAGUCAUAUUCCAAACGAAAUUGACCUUCAUGUUGUUGUAGAUCCAAACUUAGCUUCUAUAUCAGCUGUUAUCCUUAAUGAAACGAUGCGAAGUAUUUGGCACAUUGAUAAACUUGGUUCUUUUUGUGAUUCAUCAACUGGCUUUAAACCAGCAGUUAUUCACCAAUAUAAUCGAAAUCCAGAACUUACAAAAAUGUUUUCAUCUCAAUGUCAUUAUCAAAAUACAUUCAAUAUCAGAUAA